AUGCUUAGUUUUUUCAUAAUAACCAUUUUUACAACAGGUCUAGUUACUUCAAUCAAGCAAUCUGAGUUGAAUUUUGGCUAUAAAGAUGUAGCAUGCAACCUACUGGAAUUGGCACAAGAGAAAAGUUUACAAAUUAUGAAAGAAGAACAAUUCACCAGGAAUAUCAUUGAAUAUAUAUUGUCAAUAACAUGUGAAAAUAUAAAUGAUAUGAAUAAAAAACUUCAGUGCAAACAUUCAAUGGUUAGUGAAACAAGAACACUCUUAAAAGAUUUCAUUGAAUUCAUCGAAUCCAAUCGUUUCAAAACAAUGGUGAAUUGGUGUCAGUCCACAUUGGAAACACCUCAACAUGGUAAUUCCAGCUUUUUGUGUUCAACAUGUGAAAUGGCUGUAUCAUAUUUGAAAACUUUCAGUAAAUCUGAAGAAGCAAAAUCAUUUGUACAUCAAGCUCUUGAUAAAAUUUGUUCACUAACUGGAUCUUUUCAAGUUCAGAGAUAUUUUUACUUACUAACUAACUUACUUACGUCUGUUACUCCUCGUGAAGGAGCAUGGGCCACUCACCAGCAUUCUUCAUCCAACUUUGUCCUGGGCAAUCCUUUCCAGCUCCUUCCAGAUAUUUUUAUACAAAAUAUAUGUUACACUAUGAUGUAAAAUAAUUAUUAGGUUAAUAACAGAAUACAUCAAGUACUCAUUCGGUUAACUUUGAAUACCAUGGCUUCGAAAUCUAUUUCAUAUAUGUGUUGCAUCUAUUUUAAGCAGUUGUGCAUGGUUGACUUAUUUAGUGUGAUUGUAAGGUAUACGUGUUGAAAAUUCCCGUUGAACCAAUUACAUGAUUUAUUUAAUUCAUUAAUAUACACCCUCUUGUGCUUAUUUUGAUUCAUUUAUUUAAAUAAAAAUUGCUUGAUAUUUGAUUGUUAUUUGACGAAACUGCUAACACUCGGAUACGAUGCAAUUGAAGGUUGUAUGUUGUCAGUAUGGGGUUGUGGAGGUUAUGAGGUUUUUGAUUGAGAUUGUGUAUCGAUUGAUGUUAGACCACCAUGGAAAACCUGGAAGCACUGGAC